AUUUCAUCAACCCUUUGUCUUGCUGCACCAUGUCUGGCCUCAACACAGGUGAUGAGAAGCUGGUGUUCGAGUCCAGCGAGAGUGUCAAAGUUAUCUCGACCUUUGAUCAACUCGGUCUGAAAGAAGACUUGCUCCGAGGCAUCUAUGCUUAUAACUUUGAGAAGCCCUCUGCUAUCCAGCAGCGCGCUAUUGCACCAAUUAUGUCUGGUCGUGAUGUCAUUGCACAGGCACAAUCUGGCACUGGUAAGACUGCGACCUUUUCCAUCUCGAUCCUUCAAGCCAUCGAUACCUCCAUCCGCGAAACUCAAGCUCUCGUCCUUUCUCCAACACGAGAAUUGGCCACACAAAUUCAGUCUGUCAUUAUGGCACUCGGUGACUACAUGAACGUGCAGUGCCAUGCUUGUAUCGGUGGCACAUCAGUCGGAGAGGAUAUUCGCAAGCUGGAGUAUGGCCAACAUGUCGUCUCAGGAACACCAGGACGUGUCUUUGACAUGAUCAGGAGGAGACACCUCCGUACCCGCAACAUCAAAAUGUUGGUGCUGGACGAAGCGGACGAGUUGCUCAAUAAGGGCUUCAAGGACCAGAUCUAUGACGUGUACCGCUAUCUUCCUCCGGCAACUCAAGUUGUCGUCCUGUCCGCUACCCUUCCUUAUGAUGUUCUCGAAAUGACGACGAAGUUCAUGACCGACCCUAUACGUAUUCUUGUCAAACGUGAUGAGUUGACACUCGAAGGAAUCAAGCAGUUCUUUGUUGCUGUGGAGAAGGAGGAUUGGAAGUUCGACACACUCUGUGACCUGUACGACACCCUCACUAUUACUCAAGCCGUGAUUUUCUGCAAUACGAGGAGAAAGGUUGAUUGGUUAACAAAUAAAAUGCGGGAGGCCAACUUCACCGUCUCCGCUAUGCAUGGCGAGAUGCCACAAAAAGAGCGCGAUGCGAUCAUGCAGGAAUUCCGCUCGGGCGAGAGCCGUGUUCUGAUCACCACGGAUGUGUGGGCUCGUGGUAUCGACGUACAACAAGUAUCUCUGGUCAUCAACUAUGACCUUCCGUCAAACCGUGAAAACUACAUUCACCGCAUUGGCCGCUCAGGUCGUUUUGGUCGCAAGGGUGUCGCAAUCAACUUCGUGACGAUCGACGAUGUUCGCAUCCUUCGCGACAUCGAGCAGUACUACGGCACUCAGAUCGAUGAAAUGCCUGUGAACGCCACUGACCUGAUCUAAUUGCUGAUGCCACAGUUUCCUUUGCAUCUGAUUGUUUGUUAUUCUCUGUAUACUGGACUGCGCAAAUCAGCAUAUGAGUUAAUGCC